CUGAACUGGUUCCCAGGCCUCACUUCAUGUUUGGGCAGCGUCCAGGUGGGGAGGAAGAUGCUGGAGCUGAGCGUGUCCCGGCUGGGAUUCAGGCUGGUGGCAGCCUCCCCGUGGCUGCUGCUGCUGGUGACUGGGGCCUCCUGGCUCCUGGCCCGCAUCCUGGCCUGGACCUACACCUUCUACAACAACUGUCGCCUCCUCCAGUGUUUUCCGCAGCCCCCAAAACUGAACUGGUUCUUCGCUCACCUGUACCUGGUCCCCCCGACAGAGCAGGGCUUGAGAAAAUCAACCCAGCUGGCAGCUAACUACUCCCAUGGAUAUCUGAUUUGGUUUGGCCCCAUCACUCCCAUGAUCGUUUUCUGCCACCCUGACAUGCUCCGGAGCAUCGCCAAUGCCUCAGCUGCUGUCGCACCCAAGAACAUGGAUUUCUACAAAUUUCUGAAGCCCUGGCUGGGGGAUGGGCUCCUGCUGAGUGCUGGUGACAAGUGGAGCAGGCACCGUCGCUUGCUGACACCCGCCUUCCACUUCAACAUCCUGAAGCCCUAUAUGAAGAUUUUCACCAAGGGCACAGACAUCAUGCAUACCAAGUGGGAGCGCCUGGUCACCCAAGGCCAUACCCGUCUGGACAUGUUUGAACACCUCAGCCUCCUGACCCUGGACAGUCUGCAGAAAUGUGUCUUCAGUUUUGAUAGCAAUUGCCAGGAGAAGCCCAGUAAAUAUAUCACCGCCAUCUUGGAGCUCAGUGAGCUUGUGGCAAAGCGGAACAGGCAGAUCUUCCUGCACACGGACUUCCUAUACUUCCUCACCCUGGAUGGGCGGCGCUUCUGCAGGGCUUGCCGCCUGGUGCACGACUUCACCGAUGCCGUCAUCCAGGAGCGGCGCCGCACCCUCCCCAAGGAGAAUGUUGAUGACUUCCUUAAGGCCAAGGCGAAGACCAAGACUUUGGACUUCAUUGAUGUGCUUCUGCUGACCAAGGACGAAGAUGGGAAGAGAUUGUCAGACGAAGACAUCCGGGCUGAAGCUGACACCUUUAUGUUUGAGGGCCAUGAUACUACAGCCAGUGGCCUCUCCUGGAUUCUGUACAACCUUGCAAAGCACCCAGAAUAUCAGGAGCGCUGCCGGCAGGAGGUGCAAGAGCUCCUGAGGGACCGUGAGUCUAAAGAGAUUGAAUGGGACGACCUGGCCCAGUUGCCCUUCCUGACCAUGUGCAUCAAGGAGAGUCUGCGGUUGCAUCCCCCAGUCACGAUCAUCUCUCGCUGCUGUACCCAGGACAUUGUUCUCCCAAAUGGCCGGGUCAUCCCCAAAGGUGUUAUCUGCAUCAUUGAUAUUUUCGGGACCCACCACAACCCAUCUGUGUGGCCAGACCCUGAGGUCUAUGACCCCUUCCGCUUUGACCAAGAAAACAUCAAAGGGAGGUCACCUCUGGCUUUUAUUCCCUUCUCAGCAGGUCCCAGGAACUGCAUUGGACAGACGUUUGCCAUGACUGAGAUGAAGGUGGUCCUCGCUCUCACCCUGCUGCGCUUCCGUUUUCUGCCAGACAAGGAGGAGCCACGCAGGAAGCGGGAGCUGAUUCUGCGCGCGGAGGGUGGACUUUGGCUGCAGGUGGAGCCGCUGAGCGCAAGCCCUCAGUGA